AUGGUCAAUCGUAACCUAAGCCACUUCAAAGUCCCUUUGUUGAAAGGUUCUUUAAUGGCUGAAAUUUCGACACACCAAACAUCUACCUUUGUGAUGUUAGAUGCUAGAAACUUUGAUUUUGUUGGUAAAAUAUUGGACGCAAUGUUGGUUAGGGUUCCUCUUGACAAUACAAUUGUGAGGGAGUAUCGGAAUUUACGUUCUUCUGGUGUUCGUCCGAUGCCAGCUGAUCUUCGACAAUUGAUUGAUGAGAGCACAAAACUGAAGAGGGGGGACGAGUCGGAUGAGAGGACUUUAACAGAACCUCAAGAGGUUGACCCUCUUCGGAAUAAGGAGGAAGAUACUGCUACCACUUCAGAACCAAUUCCUACAGAACAAAUUUCGAAGGUAUCUUCUCCACCAUCUUCAUUUGUUCCCACUUCUAAUAUCUUUCAUACUAUUCUACAAGAACCAAUUAUGAACCUCACUACUACUCCACCACCACCACUCGUUACUCCACCAACCUCACCAAUUAACUCCAUAAUUCUAAUUUCUUCCGUCCGUCCAUUACCACCAAAUAGCUUUGUUGGAAUAUCUCUUCCUCAUAUCUCAAUUCCUCUACCCACGCCUAUCUUUACUGAUUCCACAACCCCUACUACUAUUGGAUUUAGUGUCUAA